AUGAAUUCAAAAUUAGAAGCGAAAAAUUUACCCUGCAUAUUCGCUUCUUUUGCCAAAGGUUAUCCUGAAAGUGAGUUAAUAAAACGUAUAGUGGAAUAUGAACCAGUUUUAGUAGAUUUAGAAGGAUCUGGGAGAAAAAGAUUAAAGUUCUCUAGUAUCAAUAAUGUCGAUAUUAUAACGAUUGAUGCUAUAUAUGAAUCAAGGCACUUGAAAUAUGUAUCUGUUAUUAAUUUGACUACUUCAGCAAUUAAAUAUUUAUUGGCAAGAUCGAAAAUGAUUGUUGAUAUUGAUAAUCAUAUCACUAGUCUUUUAUUUUUGACUUUUGAUAAUGAGCAAAAAGGUCAAAAAAAUUAUUUAGAUCGUGGAUAUAAUACUGUUGUAUUCCAUACAGUUACUAGUUUUGUCACUUUUAAUUAUGAUCAAAGUAAUAAUGUACAAGAUACAGAUCCUUGGUUACAUUUUGAACCUAGUAAAAAACAAUAUGAAGAAUUGUUUAAUUUAACUUCAGGUAUGGAGAAUGAAAUUCACAAAGAACUUACUAAUUAUCUUUCUUCUAUUUUAGAGGAGCUUCGUAUUAAGAAAAAUCAAGAAAAAAAUAUGAUUGAUGAAUUAGUACAUUGUCAAAGCCAGACAGGAUAUAUGAAAAAAUACACAGUUUGUCAAACUUCUAAUAUCGAUAACAAGAAACGAGUCUGCCUGACCUGCCAUAAUAAGUUACUAACAAUUUCUGAAAUAAAUCAGCAAUUUGAUGAACCAUCCUAUAACGUGAAUAUAGUCAAAAAAUCUAUAGAUAUUCAUCCUUACAUGUUUGAAGAUGCACGAUUAGUUGAGGAAAAUGAGAGUCCAGAGUCAGAUUUUCCAAAAACUGAAGUGUCUGAAUUGGAUCAAGAUAAUGAGAUUAAUAAAAAUCAAAUCACUAAUACAUCCGAGAUAAGUGAAUUGACUAUAACUUCUAUUCCUUCGAUUCAUUCUUCAGAUCCUGACGAUUUGUUACAAACUGAGUUAAGAAAACCGAUCAUAUCUCAAUCCAAUAAGCUUUCGCCAGAAAUCCAGAUAAGUAUAUUUACUGAAACCGAUUCUACUAAGUCAAAAAAAUUUCCAGAAACCUCGUAG